CAGUCUUUGUGCUUAGCAACUAAACGCUUCACAAAAUGGCUGCCACCGGGAGUCGGCAUUGUAAAGAAUGUUUUCAAACAUCAUGUAAACAACAAGUAUAAUGUUAUAACAAGUAUUGAAGAAAGUGUUUAACUGUUCGUUGAAAGUUGUGAAUAAGAACUGACAUUUCAUUAAACGUGGUUGUCAUAUGUGGUCUCUGAAAUGAAACGGAAAUCAUCGCUGCUGGUGCUGUCAGCUGUUGCUUUGGAAGAAGCCAAAGUUGUACUUGAUGUAAUGUUUUUCUAGGCCUGUUAAAAAUAUUCAGAAGUUCAACAGUCAUGUCAGGUUCGUCAAGUCCUGCACGAUUCGCUCGGGAACCACAAGCAGAAGUUGAGAGUCCUGCGCAUCGAGAGGAGAGGAAGCCACUUGGGCUUGACCAAAAGCUAGAAAACAGGCUAACCAUGAAAGAUCUGGAAAGACUGAAAAGUUCUUUUAUGGUGGAAGGCGAGGGCUAUGACAACCGGCUGAGUCUGAAUAGAGAUCAGUUUUGUGAGGCCCUUAGUCUCCUGCUCAAAAAAGGCUCUCGUGAAGAGUAUGGUGAGCUUUUUGACAAAAUUGAUGUCACACGAGAGGGCAUUGUGGAUUGGGACAAAUUUGCAUCCCAUAUGCUACUGGAGUUUUACGAACGAGAUGACCGUGUGAAAUCUACACAGGUGCCUCAGUGGAAAGACUUGAAAUCUCUGCCUAGCCCACACAAAGAAAUUAUCCAGAGAAUGACCUUCCUGAAAAAUACCAGUCGCUACAUUGCAAUAAGCAAGGAGGGUUGUGUCUCUAUGUGGGGCAUUGAUUUGAAGAUGCAGAGGAUGCUCAGGACUGGUACAGACUCUUGCAGAGCUCGGGACCUAUGGGUCACUCACUUUAUUCCACUGCAGAACAUCAACAAAAUAGCUCUUUCUUUUACCAGUAAAGAAAUUGCUAUCUAUGACCUGAGCAGCAAACUUGAGUUCAACUGCCAAUACAAAAUAGCGGAUCUCUUGUACACACCAUUGUGCCUUGACUACUGGUCUAAUCCUGACAAUGCAAAUGAAGCAGUUCUGGUGUGGGGAGAUCUGGGAGGUUUUGUCAAUAUCCUCUUUUUCAACUCUGCUAACAUAGCACUUUUUGAGCGACCCCCAGCACCUGCAGGAGAAAAACAAGCUUGGCAAGAACCAUGUCUAAAUGUUCAUCUGCACGAUAUUGUGAUUGGGAAGUACAAAAAUGCAGCUUACACCAGCUAUGAAGCACACAAAGAAAAUGGAAAGGGCGAGUGGGUUAGAGAAGUCCGGUACUCUCAUUAUCUGGAAUGCUUCAUCAGCUGUGCCACCACUUCACCCAAUGCUGUUGUUAUUGGCUGGAUGGAGAAACACAGCAGUGUCAACCAGAGUGUCACCUUGUCAAAGGGAGGAGAAUCCUCACGAAAGAAAGGCAUCCAGAGAAAAUCUGAGUUUCAAAUCUCACAGGGUGUUAACUCAUUUGACUACCACGAUGGUCUCAAUUUGAUUGCUACAGCUGGAGCAAACUGCCAUGUUUGCCUUUGGAACCCAUAUGUUGUCUCCAAACCUAAUGGUGUCCUGCGAGGCCAUAUGGCAAGUGUUAUCCAAGUGCAGUUUGUGAAGAAUCGUGGGCAGCUCAUCAGUUUCUCUAAAGACAAGGUUCUGCGAAUCUGGGAUGUGCAACUUCAGGUGUGCAUCCAGAGGCUGGCAGGAAUGUUUCCUAAAGGACCUGAGGUCUCAAGUGUACUCUUCUUUGACGAAGCUAAGGAUCGCAGUGGACUUGACCGCAACCGCCUCUUCAUUACCUUCAAUUACCAGAUAACUGUCCUCGACAUGAAAAUAGAAGUCAAGGAUCGCAUCAUGAGUCAUGAAAAGCCCAUCAUUGCAGUUCUUUACAACACAGUCUACAAUCAGCUGGUGAGUCUGUGUCAGGCCGGCACCCUUGUCAUGUGGAUGCCAGACACUGGUCAAAAGGUCAAGCAAUUCAGUCAGAUUCAUGGCAACUCGGAGGUCACAUGCAUGAGUCAGGACCAGAGCCAGUCACGGCUGUUCACAGGAAGCACCGAUGGAACUGUGAAGGUGUGGGAUUUCAAUGGCCACUGCUAUCACUUACUGGAAUGUGCAGGUGGGCAGCCAGCAGACGUUUGCCAGAUACUUUCUCUCAAACACAGCAUCUUGGUGGUGGGUUGGACCAAGUGCAUAACAGUGUUCAGAAACAGCAGUCUCCGAGAGUUUCACGUACAGCCUGCAGACUGGAAGGGAGGACAGGAGCAUGUUGAAGAUAUACUGAGUGUGGAUUUUAUUGGCCCCAGCACUCUCGCCAGUGGCUCUUAUGAUGGGGAAAUUAUUAUCUGGAACACCAACUCUGAGCAUGCCUCACGUCAUAUGAUGCAAAGAUCCCGCCGUGGUCUGAGAUCAAGAAGCAAAUCUUUUGCUUUGUCUAGAGAGCCAACUCAGGUUUCACAAACUACAUCAUAUGAGGAGAGAAUGAACACCUUCAGCGAAAAAGAAAUUUCUUCAUUAUCAAAGGUGACAUCCUCAAGGCGAUCUCGUGCCAUGUCAAAAGUAAGCCUGGACAGCAAUGAGGAGCAGAAUGAGUUUGGCUGGGCAGUGGUGAAGCUUAUCUUUCUGGAGGCACGGCGUGGAAAUUCGGCUGGGGGUGGGGCCAAUCUGGUUUCAUGUGGAGGAAAUGGAUGGGUCCGUUUCUGGAAUUCAUCUCACAACUCAUUGUUGGCAGAGUUUUUGGCACAUCAACAGUCUGGCAGCAUCAUCAUGGCAACAGACAAAAUGAACCAGUACCUUGUAACAGCAGACAUGGAUGGUCUUAUAAAGGUGUGGGACAUCUUAGAGUAUGCAACUUGCCAUGUGGAUGAGACCAUUGUAGAACUGCCGCCUCUGAAGUCCCAGUUCCAGCCUCACCAGGACAUGAUAAACAGCCUGGCAGUCUUUGAGAGGAGUGACCGAUAUCUUAUUGCCUCUGCUUCAUCAGAUUGCAGUGUGGCAUUGUGGGAUAUAUAUGGAAACAGGAUUGGCAUUUUUGGACAGGAGGAGCAUUGGAGAAUAGAGCCCUACAUGCCACCUCUUCAGCUUGAUGAAAAUGUGGAUUUUGAGAGAGAACGAGAAGUUACAGUUAAAGAUUUAAUGAUGGAUUCUGAUGAAGACAGCCAGUGGGAGCCUGAUGAAGCUGCCAUCAAUAACCCUGAAACAUAUCGGAUCAACACAUGGGAGAAAACAGUACUUGGCAAAGAUUACCAAGAACUUCGAGUGCAGAAGCGGGAACGGCGACAACCAAGUACUAUUCCAGACUUGCCUUAUCUACACUGGGAGAGAACUGGGGCUCCUCCUGCAGGACCAUACUCUGCUCUGGACACCAAAGAACUUGAGGCGGUACAGCAGCUUGUGAAGCCUGACCCCGACAAGUACUUCGCUCAACGUCCGGGCAGUCCGGGACUUGCACCUAAGUUACCAGCUCUGGGGGACACCAUCAGGGCCGCCUUCGACGAGAAGGCAUUGUUCCCGAGCUACAUCCUCGACUUCGAGCGGAACAUGAAGAACUACCACUCCAUGAUGCUGACCGGCGCUCAGAAACCCAAGAACACGCGGGCCAACCCACAGAACGUCAGCACGCCGGGAGGACAGGUAGCAGCCCCUGCCCCUCGGGUGGCGCCGUCUCCACGCAAGGGUGUGAAGGCCGUGGUGGCUGUCAAGAUGAAGGCCAUCCUGGGUCACACCAGCAGGAGUUCUGUGUCAACACACGGGGACAGCAGCAUGUAGACUGGGGUGGCAGGGUUAUUACACAUAUGAUAAUGCGUGCGUGUGUGUGUGUGUUUAUGACCAUAAUCAUGUUAUGAACGCGUUUUCGUAAUUUCCGAAACUGUGUAGUUAUUUUAUUUGUAAGACUCGGGGUUGGAGGUCGGUAGGGAACAGGUACGAGAAGCCCCAGCUCUUGAUUGAAUAUCAAAUCAAAUUCUUGUUUUUCCUUCGCCUAAGUGCUGCUGUACUUGCACUUUCGUCACCCAUUUUGACUGUCGUUUAUGAGACAUUAUUUGAACGAACCGUUUAAAUCUUGUUCCGCGAGAAUCAAUAGUUUUUUUUUUGUUGAGAAAAUGAUUGGGCAGGAUCGUCGAUAUUUUGCUUCUAGAAAAGCUCGUUGGAGUCAAGUAGCGCUUAGAAGUGAACACAAUUCACUCCUACCCCACCCCGAGUCAGAUUUAUUGUAUUUAAGAAUGUGCUUUGUAAACACGUUGGACUAACAGUGACGCAUUCUGCACUGUGGUCACCGCAGAGAGGCAGCCUUCUACUGGAGCAAUAUAGAACCUUGUAUCUAUAGACCUAGUAAGAUUGGAGCAGAUAACGAUAUUAUACUUUCUAUAUUUUACAUCGGCAGUAGGGCGAGUAGGUUGGCGACAAGCUGAUGUGACUGUAGCCUGUCAACAACAGACUGAGGUAAUGCUUCCAAGGAGUGUCCAACCAGUCAGAAAAAAAAUAUUCCUUCUUUUGUUGACCCAUGUUUGCCUGCCAUUCACAUGCUGCAUGCAACGUGUGUUUUUUUUUUUUUUUUAACGAAGUGCGUUCGAUAUUUGCAAAUGUUGAAAAGGAAAUUAUUUUGCAUUUCAUUUUUUUUUCUCAUGAAAGGUUUGAUUUUGAAUGCCGGGACAUUGAUCAGUCUUGUGUGAAAGAAGGUAUAUUGUAUACUCAUGACUGUAGUCACUUGUUGGGAUUGUUACAAAUUCUUUUCAGUUCAGAAAGAAACUGAACCUGAAAGCUCCACGCUAGCAGUUUUAUGUGUACCUUAAUUUGUUGUUAUUGACAAGUUCACGUCAACGUUGUUAGAGUGCCUUGACUGCCGGAUAUUUUAAGCUAUCUGAUCAAAAUGUCUCCAGCAGCGGGGCUUGAAAGUAAGAAGCUUUUGCUGGGAUGUAGUGAAGUUAUGGACGACGAAGAGGCCUAGAGGUACAGGCCAGUAUCUGCCUCACUACAGUGCAAGCAUGCAAUAUUUCAGGUCCUAAUUAUUCUGUUAUUUUUUGUAUUUGAUGUCCUUGUUUCAAGUGCCUUGGUCGUUUGGUGAUUAUAAUAUUCCUUAAACGGAUUCAUUUACGAACUACAAACGGUUGUUUGGGUUUAAUCACAAAUAUAUGUAUGUGAGAGAGAGAGACGUAUACUCCUGACGGCAGGUGUCAUUGCAAGAAGAUGUGUCCCACGAGACGAGGUCUGACGAGACAUCGCCGCCCUCAUUACAUUGGCGAGCGCGUUUACCUGUGUGUUGUGGAGACCGUCAGAUACAGACGUCAGACGUGAGAGUGCUGAUGUAUGGAGGGGUUGCGUUAGAAGUCUUCAAGCUGUAGCGGUCUUGAUUAUGAAGAGUUAUGUUUUACUACCCUUCCUCACUUUGCACUCUCUCCUCCGUAUCCAACUUUUAAAGUGAACGGCAAUAAAACGUUGAUUGUGUCAUCCGGCCAUAAACCGGUCUUGAAAGCUCGCCAAAAUUGUUAUAGCUGCAUGUGAGUGAAAUAAAGUUCACAACUGUU